UUGGUUGGUGAUAAACGCCUUCAACGCGGAGUCAAAAGAAGUAAAAUUUCAUUCGUACCACGUUAAUACGUGUAAUUAAAAUGUAUUAUGUGUUUUAAUUUGUAUAUAUAAUUAUUUUAGUGUUCUAAUAUUGGUCAAGUAACCAAUAAUUUGGUAUUUUGUACACAAUGACAGCCUCCGGCUUUAGAGUUUGGGUAGUUAUUUUAGGCCUUGUUAUUGUUACUUCGGCACAUUUAAAUCCUAAAAGGGAUGAGAAAAAAGCGAAGUCAGUCACUAGUUUCGUAAGUGCUAAAUGGGAAGCAACACCAAUUGUUCUAGAGCUAGCUGAAUAUCUUGCUACUGAAAGCUCUGACUUGUUCUGGUCAUUUGUGGAUGGUAUAAAUUCGUUGAAAUCUAGUCUUGAAGAUUUAGAGACUGAUAAAGAAAUAUACAAUGCAUGCAUUGGUGUUGCCAGCUCCUUGCUGGCCCCAGCACAGUUGCGAAUGGCAAAACUGGCAUUGUCCAUGCAUACCACGUCACCGACUGUCCGAAUGUUUGAUGAGAUUGCGGCACAGAAUGGGGCCAAGAGUGUUGGUUGCCCUACUUUCGUUUCCAUUGCUUCAAGACAAGUUUGUGAUAAUGAUGUAUUACGUGAUAUUCUCAAAUCAUAUAACAAAUAUGAACCUGAAGAACACAGGUUGGAGACAUAUUUGCUGGACCAUUCCUAUCCAAGCAGUGAUAACAAAACUCUUACUGCAAUAUUGUAUGGAGAGCUUGGUUCCAAAGAUUUUACUAGCAAACAUAACAUCUUGACAGGUUAUGCUGACAGAGGAGUAAUCAAUUAUGUUGUCAGAUGGAAUGUUAAGACUAGUGGUAAGCCCAAACUGCGACUAUCUGGUUAUGGAGUUGAACUACAACUGAAGAGUACUGAAUAUAAAAGUCAAGAUGACUCUACGCCUAAGGAAUCUGAGAGCAAUGAAGCUUCUCAAGCUAAUGAGGAGGAGGAUGAGAAUGACCCACAAAAUCAGAUUGAUGGAUUUAACUUCGGAAGACUAAAGAAUCUGUUUCCUGCUUUGCGUACGCCGCUGGAGCGUUUUCGCCGGCACUUGUCCGAGUCGAGCGAAGAGCUUGCGCCUCUGAAGGUGUGGCAAAUGCAAGCACUGAGCAUGCAGGCGGCCGCCGCGGUGGCCGAUGCAGCUGAUGCUGGGGGCGAUGAGCCACUCAAGGUUCUCGCUUCGAUUGCGCAAAACUUUCCUAUGCAGACGAAGUCGCUGAUACACGUGAACGUGCCGCGCUCGUUCCGCGACGAGGUGCUGUACAAUCAGGACGUGUGGGCGUCGUCGCUGGGGCUGCGCGCCGCGGAGCCGCUGCUGCUGGUGUCGGGCGCGCAGUACGACGCCGAGGACGUGGACGUGCUGGCGCUGCUGGCCGCGCUGCGCGAGGACAUCGGCCCCAUGAACACGUUGCACGCGCUCGGUCUGUCAAAAAAACUGAUCAACACCCUAAUGUCCAUGGAAGUGGGCGAGUCGAUGACAUGGGAGGAAUACGGGCUGGACAUCCGAGACACGGCGGUGACGUGGCUCAACGACCUGGAGUCCGACGAGCGCUACCGCCGCUGGCCCUCUUCCUACAUGGAGCUGUUGCGACCGACGUACCCUGGCAUGCUCAGGAAUCUUAGGAGGAAUAUUUACAAUUACGUGAUAGUAGUGGACCCGACAUCGUUGGCCUCAGGGCCGCCACUGAAGCUGGGCGAGACGUUACUGAAGCACGCGACGCCGGUGCGCGUAGGGCUGGUGCUCGCGCCGGGUGUCGACGUCGCGCUUACCUCCGCCGUGCGUUCCGCUUUCAACUACGUGGCGCAGGAGAAGAACUCUAACAAGGAGGCCUUCUACUUCCUUACUCAGCUUGUCCACUCGACUCAAAACGAACCAAUCAACAUUGAACACGUAAAGACGAAUUUAAAGAAAUAUGUGAGUUCGAGUGAGAGCAAUAUUGACGACAUUAUUUCUGAAGAUUCCGAGUAUAAUUUUGGCAGCCAGUUAGCUGAAGAAUUCGUAUCCAAAAUUGGCACCAAUAAGUACCCACAGGUGUUGAUAAACGGCGUGCCGCUGUGGGACGACGGGCCGACGGCCGUGACGGCCUCCGUGGAGCUGCUGGAGGAGGCGCUGGUGUCCGCGCUGUCGCGGCACACGGGCCGCUUCCAGCGCGCCGUCUUCAGGGGCGAGCUCUCCGACAUGGACGAUGCCGUUGACUUCCUUAUGAAGCAGUCGCAUAUCAUGCCCAGGUUAAACAAACGUAUUCUCAGCUCCGAACCCUCCCAGUACUUGGACUUGUCGGGUGUGCCUGCUUCUAGUGAAUUUUUCACAGAAGAAAAAGUUCAUAGAAUGUUACAAUUAACAGGACGCGACGCUAUAGCAACCGCCCUGCCGCUCCUCAGAUAUUUCGCCAAGUCUGGCAAGCCGGAGAAGAUCACGCAAACUAUCUGGAUCACUGGCGACCUCAACCAAAAACUUUCUAGGGAAUUGCUAAAGAAUGCUAUUACUUUCAUGAGAGAUUCACGUGGAGUGCGUGUGGCUUUCAUUCCAAAUGUGGACGGGUCGUCUAGAGCGGACCAGUCUCUCAACAAGGUGGUCCUCGCGGCGCUGACGGCGCUCGACCCUGCCGAGGCCACCAAAUACGUCGCGCAGCUCUUGGAAGACGAGGGCUGCCACGAAAGACAGGAUUGCAACAUAUUGCCGGAGUUGGUGCCCGCGCUGAAUCGCUACGAGUGGGUGCUGAAGGCGGCGCGGGUACUCUGUGCGCGCAGCAUGAAGCUCCGCGCCGGCGCGCGCGCCGUCCUCCACAACGCUCGUCUCAUCGGCCCGCUAGACGGGGACGAGCGGUUCACGCUUGACGACUUCCUGCUACUAGAGAGAUUUAGCAGCAACAUGUAUGCCGAUAAAUUAGCAGAAAUAUUUGAUAAGAAAAAAACUGUGACAAAUGAAGUUACCGAUGAUGAGGAAGAGGAAUACGAUGUGUCGAAGCUGAGCGCGGACGAGAUGCUGAAGGCGGUGGCGGUGCUGGCGGCGCGCAGCCCGCGCGCGCGCACGCCGCUGCCCGCGGGCCUGCGCGCCGACCACUCGCUCGUCGACCUGCCACCGCCGCACAAGGACGAGGCCGCCAUUGAGAUCGUGGCAGUGCUGGACGUGGCGUCGACGGCGGCGCAGCGCGUGGCGCCGCUGCUGCUGGUGCUGCGGCGCGUCGUCAACUGCCGCGUCAAGCUCUUCCUCAACCCGCAGGACAAGAACUCCGACAUGCCCCUCAAGAGUUUCUACCGCUACGUGCUGGAACCCGAGCUGCAGUUCACGAGCUCGGGCGCGGCGGCGGGCGGUGCGAUAGCGCGCUUCGCGCGGCUGCCGCACGCGCCUCUGCUGUCGCUGGAGCUGCGCACGCCCGCCAACUGGCUCGUCGAGUGUGUCAAGUCCGUGUACGACCUGGACAAUAUACGGCUGGCUGACGUCGACACGGUAGUGCACAGUGAGUUCGAGCUGGAGUACCUGCUGUUGGAGGGGCACGCGUGGGACGCGACGCUGGGCACGCCGCCGCGCGGGCUGCAGCUGGUGCUGGGCUCGCGCGCGCGCGCCGACACCGUCGACACCAUCGUCAUGGCCAACCUCGGCUACUUCCAGCUCAAGGCUAACCCUGGCGCAUGGACGCUGCGCCUGCGACCCGGCCGCUCUGAUGACAUCUACCAGAUUAUUGGGCACGAAAACACGGACACACCCGCCGGCAGCGAAGAAAUCCAAGUGCUGAUGAGCUCGUUCCGCAGCCACGUGAUCAAACUACGAGUGAGCAAGAAGCCGGACAAGCAGAACCACGACCUGCUCGUCGACAACGAGGACAACAACACGGGCGGCAUAUGGAACUCCAUCGCCAGUUCUUUCGGCGCCGGCGAGGAGGCAGAGUUGCAGGACGAGACGAUCAACGUUUUCUCCGUGGCUUCCGGGCAUCUCUACGAGCGCUUCUUGCGCAUAAUGAUGCUGUCGGUGCUCAAGCACACACACUCGCCCGUCAAGUUCUGGUUCCUCAAAAACUAUCUCAGCCCGUCGCUAAAGGAUAUUCUCCCGUACAUGGCCCAAGAGUACGGAUUCCAGUACGAGCUGGUGCAGUACCAGUGGCCGCGCUGGCUGCAGCGGCAGCGCGACCGCCAGCGCACCAUCUGGGGCUACAAGAUCCUCUUCCUCGACGUGCUCUUCCCGCUCCACGUCAAGAAGAUCAUCUUUGUCGAUGCGGACCAGAUCGUCCGCGCAGACCUGAAGGAGCUAGUAGAUCUGGACUUGGGCGGCGCGCCUUACGGGUACACGCCGUUCUGUGAUAGUAGAAAGGAAAUGGAAGGAUUCAGGUUCUGGAAGCAAGGGUACUGGCGCAACCACCUGCAGGGCCGCAGCUACCACAUCAGCGCGUUGUACGUGGUGGACCUCAAGCGCUUCCGGCGCAUCGCCGCCGGCGACCGGCUGCGUGGCCAGUACCAGGCGCUCAGCCAGGACCCCAACAGUCUCUCCAACUUAGAUCAAGAUUUGCCGAACAACAUGAUUCAUCAAGUUGCGAUAAAAUCCCUACCACAGGAGUGGCUCUGGUGCGAGACAUGGUGCGAUGAAAAUUCAAAACCACAAGCGAAAACAAUUGAUUUGUGUAAUAACCCGAUGACGAAGGAGGCGAAGCUGUCUGCGGCGAUGCGCAUCGUGCCCGAAUGGAGCGAGUACGACGCGGAGGUGAAGGCGCUGCAGGCGCGAGUGCGCCGCGGCCUCUACCAGGCCGCCGACCACGAGCAGGAAAUUGAGACCAACAUUCACGACCCGAUCACAAUAUCAAGUGGUGAUGAUGAUACAGGUAGUCUCCACGACGUACACACAGAGUUAUGAUGAGGUGGAUGUAUGUAAUGUAUGAUAUUCAAAUUUUUUAGCUGGUGUCGGUUUUUGUUAUACGUAACAAGCAAUAAUAUGUGUGUAUAUUAAGACAAUUGUAUAUUUUAAACGGAACCACUUAACAUGUUUCGUUAUAACAUUUCCGUAUCGUUUAUCCUUUGUGUAAAAUGUCAUGGAAGCUCGAGACAUACAGACAUAGGCUAGAAAGAAAUAAGGAAAUAAUUUACUUGAAUAUUUUCAGAAAUGUUUUAGGAAACAUGUUCGUUCAGAAAAUUGCCUGAUCUAUCUUAUGUGAAAUGGAUUGCCAAUAAAUGUACCCCCGAUGUUUCCAGUUAACAAUGCGACUAGUAAAAGGUGUUGUAUUGUAAAAUUUAAUAUAUAAUUCGUUUUACAUUAACCGUCAUCAGUUCGUAGCACGUAAGGAUAGUAUGAUUUCAAGUGAUUUUAAUUUAUGGUGGUUAAAAAUGGAAUAGGGUGCGAACGUGUUGAUUUCUUUGUUUUAUUAUGAAUUUACGAGGUACACGCCUGCAGUGUUUUUAUCGCACGUUUGUUGUACAAUGUAUUAUUAAUCAGUAAUUCUUUUCCUUUGAUUUUCUUUAUAUGUUACAUAAUUCUUGUUAGUCUAAUCAACUGCAUAUUUUCUUUUUCAAUCCCAAUAAAUCCAUUAUUUUGGCAAGAAACGAAUGCUAGUAUUUACCUGCAGCCUUGUACCGCAAAGACGCUGCGAUCAAAUUUGUAGCCCUUAAAUAAUACGAAAGGUUAGUAUAAGGUUGUUGAUUUGCUCAUUACUGUAAAACUUUGUUUAAACCGAAAGUAGAUGUUUUUUAAUAUAUUUUAACUGUACAUGUAGACACUUCACCAACAGAAAACUGCAAAGAUUUAUUUUAUAUAGACAUGUUGAAUAGCGUAUUUGUCGUUAUUUUUAUAAUCACCUGUACGGAUAUGAUGGUCGUUCUUGUCUACGUGACAGCGUGAUAAAACGGUGUCCGUCACUUUCUAUCCCAUGGUGUUAAAAAGUGACAGUUAUUUUAUCACGUGGAUAAAGAUGGAUAAAGCCAUCCAUAAUACGCCGGCAGUAAUGUUUAGUAGGAUACCACAUUUACUAAUAUGUUAUUAAUUUACCUUUAUCUGUCACUUAAAUUCAUUGAUACGUAGAGUUAGAUGACAGAGAUAGACCUAUGAAAGGGUGAAAGGAAAAUUCGUUUCAGAUAAUUUAGUUUCGCACAUAAAAAUGCCUGUGCAUUUUGUAUGGCUUGGUCCGACUGCAUGUUUUUUUCUUUACACUGUCAUAACUCUGUUCUUUGAUACAAUUAAAAUACUAAUAAAUAAAUAAAUAAAUAAAUAUAUAAUUAAAUAUUAUAGGGACAUUCUUACACAAAUUGACUAAGUCCCACGGUAAGCUCAAGAAAGCUUGUGUUGUGGGUACUCAGACAACGAUUACGAUUAUAUAAAUACUUAAAUACAUAGAAAACAACCAUGACUCAGGAACAAAUAUCUGUAUCAUCAUACAAAUAAAUGCCCAAUGCCAGUUAAUGUGUCGCGUAUGUGAAAAAGAAGACUCAAAACAUAAAGGAUGUUUCCUUGAGUACUACGCGAGUAUGAUAAUACUGCAUACGUGAUACGUUAAGAUAUGUUCAACAAUAAACCAUUCGUUAUGAAAAACGGAAUCAAUGUAACAUGUAAAAAUAAUUGUGUUUAUCCGCUGUGACCAACCCUUUCUAUGAUUGUCUUAGUAAACCGCUAGGUGAUGAACAUCGCUCAUUAGUAAGAUAACAUUUAUGUUUCAUGCCAUGAAGUGAGAAAUAGUCACAUUUCACAUUAUACCAGUAUAUGGCUAGCUGGUGUAGCCAUGUAGAUUAAACAGAGAUUUACGAGUAAGAGUACAGUAUAAAAUAAUUAGAGUUAAUCAGAUGCCGGCAGGACAGUGUAGGUGAAUGAGCACACACACACAGCUAUAUAGAGUUAAUGUACCUACCUGAUUGCAAACAUUUUCGAAACAAUUAAAUUAGUAUCUUUGUUUUUUUACGAUUAAGAUAGUGGGGUAUCCCAUACCCAUAUUUAUACUAUUCUAUAGUCUUUCAGAAUACCUAUUGUAUAAAAUUAUGAUAUUUAAAUCAACCUCUGCGGGCGCAGCAUGGUUCUAUUUUUAUCUUCUAUCACUAUGCCCGUCACUUUCGCACUUACAUACUCGUUAGAACGUGACAGGCAUGGUGACAAGCGAUAAAAAUGCGACCGUGCUACCAGGCCUGGUCAAUCUUGCAGGUUGCUGUGACAUUUGUUAUAGGUAAAAAUACCUAGCACUUAUUUCCAAAUCCCGCUGUCGGUUGUACAUGACAUGUGUGCGUGACCUCAAACCUCAACCCUGUGGGCGCAGCACGGUUCCAUUUUUAUCGUCUAUCACUAUGCGCGUCCCUUUCGCACUUACAUACUUGUUAGAACGUGACAGGCAUGGUGACAAGGGAUAAAAACGCGACCGUGCUACGCCGCCUGGUUUCGACACCUAUAACGGUUAUAAAGACUAUAUUUUUGUUUCUGCCAUAAAUAUUAAACGAGAUUACCGAUCACUAGUUAUAGUACCUACUGUCUCCAAAAAAUCAUAUAAUGAAAUGAGCAGGGGCCGAAAUGAUAUAUUUCUUUACCAGGACGAAUAUUGAAGCGUUUAAAUGCGCGUUUUAGUGUCAGUUCAUUAUUUUCGGCACGAAUGACCACAAAGUUCACUUGGUAAAACGCCGAACAUUCACCUUCCAUCACAUCAUCAUUUAGUAGCCACGCAACUUCUGCCACCUUAUUAAGUCUACAAUAGUCUAAACUCUAAUGGGCCCCAGUUUGACUAUAUAUGGCUACACCGCUCCCUUUCUCCAAAUUAUAUGAAUUGCCCGGCUAUUUUCACGAUGUUUUGAUGACCUUACGAAUAAAUAUUAUAACCUUAGUUAGACAAAGGAAUACUACGCCUGUAUAAAGUGAUGAAAUUGUAGACGUUAUUUGGUAGUUAAAUUAGAUUUGCUAACGGUUUCCAAUCCAGAUGCCUUACAGUUACAGCGAUAUUUAGUUACGCUACUUACGCUUUCAGAACUUCGUUCUAUUUUGCAUUUUUAAGACACAUGUUCCUUUGUCUAUGAUUAAGUAAGUAUAACUCUUUACUCUCUGACUAUAGGGAUACCUACUAAGUACCUAAAGGAUCUCAAACCAAUGUUCCUAAAUUGAAUAAAUUGUAGCAAUUUGUUACACUUGUAGUAUCCGGUCAGCGUAAAUAUGUGAAUUCAAACUUCCCCGCUUUGGCAAUGUCAUAAACAUGAAUAAAUACAGUCAACAGUCAA